UCAUCAAUCGACAAAGAUUUCUUCUUGUUUUAUUUCCUUCAAAGGCUUCAUCUCCCUUUCCGACGCGCCCAGCAUUGAAAGUGCGCUUCAUACUUGGCUGAAAUCCUGACUGGCCGGCUAAAGCCAUGGAACGAGGAGCGUCUGGUUCUGGAGAAGAUCGCCGGUAUUCUGGCCCGCGUGCCUCUGGUGACCGGUCAUCAGACGAUGUUGUACCUCCUCACUCUCGCCUGUUUGUAGUUUGUGGCAAAGGCCGCACAUCGGACGACCUGCGGCCAGUGUUUGAGAAGUAUGGAACGAUCGAGGACAUAUUUGUUGUCAAGGACCGGCAGACCGGAGAGAGCAAGGGCGUUUGCUACGUGAAAUACGAUCGGACAUCUUCGGCCGCACUGGCCCAGGAGGGCCUGAAUGACACAGUCCUGGAGCCCGAGUCGAAACCUAUACGCGUAAUGAUCGCCGCUCCCAAGACCAAACAGCCUGGCUAUGAUGUCAACGACGAAAAGAGUCGCAAUCGCCUGUUUGUUGUGCUGCCGAAGGGCUCUGGUGACAAGGAGCUGCGCGCCGCUUUCAGUGGAUGCAAGGACUACGACACGGCAUACAUUGUGCAGGACUGGAAAACCAACGAGCCGAAAGGGUUCGGUUUCGUGCAGUUCAACCGCGCCUCGUCAGCCGCGCUUGCCAUGGAAAGCUGCGACUCCAGCUUCCGUGCGGUCAUCGCGGAGCCGAAAGACGCAGCUCGCGACCGCUCGCGAGGUGCAUCCGGUGGUGGGCAUUCGUCCCAGGACGUGUCGUCAAUGGUGUACCCGCCACUGCCUCCGAUGGGUGGCCAGCAGGGCUCGUCUCGCUACAGCAGCGGCGGCGGCAGCUAUGGAGGCAACGACGACGGUGGCAUGCCCACCAGGCUGUACAUCAUCGUUGACACUUGCGUCUCACAGGAUCAACUGGCUCGCCUGUGCGACAUCGCGCCCGGCAUGGAGCACUGCGACCUGAAGAUGGUGCGAGGCACCAGCGAGUCGCGCGGCUUUGCCUUCGUCACGUACGAGAGCGCGGCGAGCGCGCGCUUUGCCAAGGAGCGCCUCAGCUGCGUGGAAUACCCGCCGGGAAACCGCCUGGUCGUCAAGUACGCCAUGGACCAUCCGAGAUCGGCAGCAGCACAGCAGCAGUACGAGGGUGGCGGCGACCAACGCUCAUCUCGCUAUCGUGGUAGUAGCGGCGGUCAUGAGUCCUCGGGGCCUGCGUACCGUGACCAUUACUCUGAAGACCCUAGCAUGGUAGCGGGGGGAAGAGGCGGUUACCAUGAUGGCGAGUAUGGCGGCGGCGAACAGCAUCACCACGAGACAAUGCGCUACGAUAGCUAUGCGCAAGGUGAGGAGAUCUACGGCCGUCCUCCUCCGGCUACAGCAGCAGCAGCACCUCCUCGCCGCAGCAGCGGUGAGCAUGACUUUGCAGCCGACCAGUACUCCGAGAGCGCUGCACACACGGAGCACAAGCCAUCGCCCUCGGCCGGUGCCGUCGACCCGUCGCGCUUGUUCUUUGUAGGUACGCCGUCGCUGCCUCCGGAGAGCGUUCUUCGCUCGGUGUUUGGUCAUUUCGGCAGCUUUGUUGAUGCCUAUGUUGUACGCGGACACAACUACGGGUACGCGCGCUAUGGUGACGAGACGACCGCCCAGUUGGCCAUAAAGCACCUGAACGGCUCGGAGGUGGUCGGCAACAAGCUCAAGGUCAUGCUGGCCGACCCUGCGCCCCGCGCGGACGAGCCGAGCGCCAAGCGUACGCGUGUGUAAGUGUGUGCGUGGCUGCACUGUACACACACGGCCGGGAGGUGCGCGAGAGUGUGCGUACAACAGUGUGAGACAGACGACAACGACGACGACGACAACGAAGAGGCCAACGCUGAAGUGUGACCAUUACAACAACUAACGGUACUGCAACACGUACGCACUCUACACUGGGCGGAAGCGAAGACGUUGACCAUGUGGUCGAAGUAACGACACGCACUACUCUAUACUAAAAGUAGCCAUGUGUACCAGCGGCGGGCUACUACAGUAACUAGAACUGGUACUGGUGCGAGUACUGCUGCACGUAGACCUCGAUGACUUGUUUGACGCUGGUGUAUAUUAGUAUUACGCGCACUGCUAGUUACAGACUAACUUACUGUCGACACUAGGCUUCAUGUAUGUUGUGUGUUAGUAGAGCAGCAGCAGCACCAUGCAUUCUUGUUUCAGCAUCCAUACCUAACAGAGCAGAGCAGUGACGGCCGCUUUCUGUCCGUAGACGCCCAGGUUUUUCCAGGUUUGACUGACUGAGGUGCACGCCGGCUAGCGAUACCACUCGCUCCACAACAACGACGACGACGAAAGCCUUCACUGACUUGCUUCUGGACACACGGAGUCUUCGUUCUGACAGUAGUGACUGUUUUACUGCAGCGUACGGGACUGAAACGUCGCUGUGGACGGACGCAGGCACGGUUUCGCUGUUAUGACUUUGUUCUCUUUAGCCUGCGUAUGUGUAUGUAUGUGUGUGUAUGUAUGUGUUUGCAUGUAUGUGCGUGUCUCUGUCUGUGCGUAUGUAUGUGUGUGUCUGUGUGUGCAAAAUCACAAACAUACUUCAAAUACUGCUGCAGAAGUACAUCUACACAGUUCCCUGCAAGCUGCAUUUUCUUGUCUCCUUUUCUUUGACGUCGCCAGUUUCCGACGAUGACACUAACAUGUAGUUACGUUUACUUGUGCAACAUGCUUACAUACUGCUGUACUUACUACGUUUGACGUGACUAAAACUAGCACUAGUAUUAGAACAAGUACAUGGCGUGUAGUAGCAGCGUUGAUCCCGUCUGCGUUCUUGCUUUCUCCUCCGCUUGUUAACCUGUCUUCGUUGCGCGAGUCUUCUUUGCAUUGCGGUGUGCCGUUCUCUUGCUGUGUUCUCCAUGGUCCAAUGGGCAGUGAUGCUCAAAGCUGAUAGUGGCUGUACGUGGCAUGCUGCUGUAGUCUACUGGUGUCCUGGCAAUUCCCAGGAAGACAGACCUCUUGCUUUCUGGUAGCCGGAUUUGGAAAUUAUCCGAGUGUAGCA